CGGAGCUUCCCGUGGAGGACAUUUCCUCGUCGCUUUCGUCCAGGCGAGUGUCGAAGCAAAUUCGGACCAGCUGAGCGUCGCGUCAGGAUGAGAAGGUCGCAAAAGGUGGAGACGAGCUGAGAUGAAAGAGCCGUGGCGCGCCCGCAACAAAGGGAUAACACGCCUGAAAUAAUUCCCAACAAAUUGCUGCUCCCGCUGCGCGAUGAGUCUGGACAUGCUGUGCGACUCGGACGUCGGGCGAUUCUUUGCCGACAAUCUGCUCACCAGCGAAGAUUGGGACGCGUGUUUGUAUCGCUGCGACGGCGUGGAGGAUGAUGACAAACAACUGGGCCUGGCCCCCGAGUAUGACACUUUGUUGGACGACGAUCUGGCCCAGCCGCUGGAUGGCGAAGCCUCCUCGUGUCCAUGGCGAUGCAUGCCCGACGAUCGGCCGGCAGUGUUGCAGGUGAAAGCCGAGCCGGCGUCCCCCGUGUGGUCGUCCGAGGCCGAGCGGUCGGUGGCGGCAGGGGCGGCUCCUCCUGAUCCCGCGGUUCCCAUGAAAGGUGAGAACCCCCCGACGCCUCCCUACGCAUUUGGAGACGUGAUGUCCCCCCCGCCCGAUCUCGCCGCGGCCACGUUGACGCCCGGCGUGGCGCCGCGGCUUCCCGCCGUGGUGACGUCCAUCCGAACGCAGGCGACAGUGGUCCCGGCGCUGAAGACGAGCACCCUGGCCGCCAAACCGCCCCUCCAGCCACGCCCCUUGUGCCUGGCCGCCGUGCCCGCCAAGGCCCUGCUCCUGCGUGGCCUUCCCGCCAUGGAGCCGGCGCGACCCGUGGUGUGCCUGGCGUCGGCCCCCACCGUGGUCAAGAUGGAGCACGCCGUCUCGCCCGCCGCCACCAAGCCCAUCGUCCCGGCCAGCGCCACGUUGCCCGGCAACGGCCCCAACGACGUCGACAUGAAAGUUCUGAAGCGGCAGCAGAGGAUGAUCAAGAACCGCGAGUCCGCCUGUCAGUCGCGCAAGAAGAAGAAGGAGUACGUGCACAACUUGGAGCUCCAGCUGAAGGAGGCUCAGCAGGAGAACCAAAGACUCCGUCGUGAGAACCAGGAGCUCCGCCAAAGGCUGGAGGCUGGCCGGCAGGGCGGCGAGUCUCCCGGGGGUAAACGAGCCGUGUGCGUCAUGGCCGUCUUUCUCUUUGUGACCUUCAGCUUGGGACCGGUCAGCAUCUUGGACAGGAAGUUGACGGCGGGCUUUGGCGACGGCGCCAGAUCCUUGACGGGUCGGCGGCUCCUGGAGAUGGAAACGGCAGAGCGGGUGACGCGGCGCCAGGAAGUCCCCGCCGGCGUCGCGCCGGACGAUGGCGGAGAGCUGGAAACUUUUGCGGCGGAAUCUUUACCGUUCAGGAACGCCAGUUCGGCCUUUGGCGCGGCCAAGGAGGAGAGCAACCUGCUGCGCCGCCUGGAAGGAUACUUUAGCCACGCCCACUGCCCGCAGUUCAACCGCUCGGAGUCACUCAGGCUGGCGGCAGAACUUCGCGGCUGGGUUCAGCGCCAUCAGAUCAACCACAAGAAGUCAGGCGGGAAAGUCAAGAAGGCCAAAAUGGCUCAGCGGGCCCAGCUGAGGAAGGCCAACGUGUCGCGAUACCUGCCCAUCCAGACUCACCGCUCCAUUGAAAGUCAGCUGCAGCUGCUUCCCGGGCCCGAGUUGACCUACGGCGACUUCCUGGACUCGAUCGACCGGCGCGAGGACACCUUCUACGUGGUGUCCUUCAGACGGGACCACCUGCUGCUGCCCGCCAUCAGUCACAACAAGACGCGCCGGCCCAAGAUGUCGCUCGUCAUGCCUGCCAUGUCGGUCAACGAGAGCCUGUACAACGCGUCGCAUGGCUACGAACUCAUGAUGCAGGUGGACUGCGAGGUGAUGAACACACGCACCGUCCCCAUCAAGUCGUCGUCCGUGCCCCCCUCGCGGCGGGACCCGCCGCCGACGUCCCCGCCGCACGCUGCCGCCUCCAAUCACUCGGCCCUGCGAGGACGCCACCAGCAUCAACCGCCGCGUCCCCGCGCCGAAUACCUCCUCAGUCAGUCCGAGGGCGUCUGAAGCGCGCAAACGGAGGACGCUUGGUGUCCCCACAUGAAAGCAUGCUGAUGAGGGGGGGUUCUACUUGUAUUUAAUGUUUGUACAUAGUGAUAUGUAAAUAUUUAUUUUAUUAUUUUUAUUUUUUGCAUUUGGUCUUUGGCGAGAAAAGUUGUUUUCAUGUUUGUUUUUGACGUCCUUAAAAGGCCUUGUCCGCUCGUCACUUCCCGUUUACCCGUUCGGUCGAAUUAAAGCUUGAGCGCCCUCUA